AUAGUGCGCGUCCCCUUUAAACAGCGCCGGGUGGAAACGGUCGCUCGCGCACAAGACUGGAAUUUACUAAGGAAAAACAAAACAUCAGCUAGCUGCUAACAGUGUAAUACACUAACAUUUCAUCUGGAUACCGCCAAGAAACGACGGCGACUAAACAAUGAAACUUAUUAAGUUUCUGUGCAGGGGUAAGUGAGGUGUAUCGUACCCCGUCCUAUUAGGAUGGACAGUUAUUUUAAGGCUGCUGUGUGCGACCUGGACAAGCUUUUGGAUGACUUUGAGCUCAACGCAGAGGAGCUUGAGAACAAGCCUACCACUUUUACAAGCCCUCCUUCUCUGGACUCCACAAUCGUUCCUGGUCACCAUUUAGACCUUCAGAGCUCCACACCAGAGCAACACACAGUCACACAAACUCUCCCAGAUGUCAAUACCCUGCACUAUGGACUUACAUCACAAAGCAUUACCUUAAACCAGAUAGAUUCUUAUUCAAAUGAACGGCCGCUCACAGGUGUGGACCUCCUGUCCUCCGUCGAUAGCAUAGGCAUCAAAAGUUCAGCUCCCCCUUGUCCGGACCGCUCACUGAAGCCGGUGUGUGAUCUGGUGAAUGAUACGGGUUCUGCAAACCUCCAGCAGGCUGACAGUCAGGAGGACUUUAAAGAGCUGGAACAAACUAAUGAGGAGCUGCUAGUGGACUUCGAGAGCGCUGUGGUAUCUAGAUCAGAAGAUGCUUCUAACCCCGGUGCAUUACCAAAACUGGACUCUGAGGUUAACUAUAACUCAUUCAGCCUGCUGGAUGUCAUAUUACCAGCCAUUGGUGACCCUUGUGGUUCAAGUAGCAUCACUCCUUUGGAGUGCAAUCAGAUUGAAAGUUCUUGUCCUGAAGACUCAAACUCCAGUGAUCAGAACAACUCUCAAUGCAAAGUCUCAGUGAACGAGGACGAUGUUAGUAAUUCAGAUCCUCAUGCCACAGAUGAAGCUAUUUCAGCAACCAAAGAAGAGCAUGCUGUAUCACUGCAGCCGGACUCAACAGAUACCCAACUAUCUGAAGAUCUCAGUAUUAAAACAACAGAGGAUCCACCUGGAAGUCCCUCCUUGGAGAAGGAAACUUCUCUGUCUUGCUUGCCGAUGGCCGUAUCUAUGUGUGGAUCCCUUGUAGCAUCUUUAGACCCACAGGCAGCAGUGAUUGAAACCAAAGAUGAGGCUGAUCUGGAAAAAAAUUCAGCGAUUCAAGAAGCUGAAGAGUUAAUUCUUCCGUUAGAAGAACCCUCAACACCGUUCUCCUCCAAUAGACCUGAUUCCUCACCUGAAGAUGAACCUGAGCUUGUCCAAAUCAUGUCGAACACCGAAAGAGCGACUGCUGUCUCGGGCCAUUACCCUGAAAGAAACUUUAAACGCAGCUUAUCACCAUCAAAUAAAGAGGUUUGCGAAAUCAACCCAUCUCCAACCUAUUCAGAAAGCCCUAAUUAUUCCUACGAGUUCAGUAUCGCCAACGAAUACCUUCCUGAAAGCGACGAGACCGUUAUGAUGGUUACAGACGAGGAGCUGGACGCCUUUCUGAUGGGUCAGGAUGUGAAAAUGAACUCCGACGCAGGCGCAGAAAAAUUCACAGAUGACGGCUUUUCAGAAUUUAACGGAAAUGUGGAAGGCUUUUUGGAUGAGGAGCUGCAGAGUUGUAAAGUCGGGACGUUUGCUUCUCCUGAAAGUGAUGGUUCACUUCAAUAUCUGGAGGAGAGCGAAGGUUCGAACGUUUCUUCCUCAUCUCAGGACAGCAGCCCGAUGAGGACAGACUCCACACAAACGAUUACCCAAGAAAAUGCAACCAGCCCUGUUGAGAUUCAGUCAGUUAGUGCCCCCAACCAAGAGUCAAAUUAUGGCGGAGCGAGACCAAAGCAGUUAUCCAACCAAACCGCACGGCCUCCAUCAGAAAGACAAAAGACUGGUCAUGCCGAACCCAAUGUAGCAAGCCUUUCUGAAGAGCAUGGCUCGCAAAUUUCUCCCAAACAAGAGGAAAAUAACUGUGAACCCCCUUCUUAUCAGCAAUAUGAUGCCAGUUAUGGCCAUGAUGAGCUUUCAGAGCCUCCACCGUAUCCAGGAGAGAGUCCUGAUCCACCAGGACACGAGGCCGAGGAUCUGGGGUCAAAGCAGCCUCCUUGGGUCCCGGACUCUGAAGCUCCUAACUGCAUGAACUGUGAGCAAAAGUUUACCUUUACCAAGAGGAGACACCAUUGCAGAGCAUGUGGGAAGGUGUACUGUGCUAGCUGCUGCAACCGCAAAUGCAGACUGAAAUAUCUGGACAAAGAUGCAAGGGUUUGUGUCGUCUGCCAUGUAACCAUACAGAGAGCUCAAGCCCAUGAGAGAAUGAUGAGCCCUACUGGGCCCAGUCCCAAUCCCAACAUCCCAUCAGAGUACUGCUCCACCAUACCGCCCAUGCAGCAGGCCCGCGCCGCCGGCACCCUCAACUCUCCCCCACCCACCGUCAUGGUCCCCGUGUCCGUCCUCAAACACCCCGGUAAUGAUGGGUUUCCACGUGAGCAGAAGCACGUGUGGUUUGCCGAUGGUAUCCUGCCGAACGGUGAGGUCGCAGACACCACCAAACUCUGUGUACAGACCCGGAGAUCCUCUCAGGAGUCGAGUCCUGUAACACCAGACCCGCCGGCGCCCAAUGGUGCAUUUCCUGGCGAGUGUGAUGAGAGCACAGGAGGAAGUUCUGACAGCGCUGCCGAGGCGAGCCGCCCGCCCAUCAGAGGCCCAUGGGACUACGGCCUGCUCUGUGCGCUGGGCAGCUGUGUGCAGAGAGCAGUCAGUCUGGUGCCGGAGGACGAUGACGGUCUGCCUCCACUGCUCAUUACCACAGGAGAGGAGGAAUAUGGGGAUUUAUUAGUUGAGGAACGUCCUGCUGCUUGCCAAAUAUUGCUGCUGUUGGAAGAGGGAGGCCCACAACCUCUGACCUUCGUGCUCAAUGCCAAUUUACUGGUGAACGUCAAGAUUGUCACAUAUGGUGGGAAGAGGUGCUGGUGCCUGAGCUCUAAUGGUCUUCAGGGAGUGGGCCAGAAGGAGCUGGUGUUUAUAAUCGAGUGUCUCGUAAAGGAGAACAACCUGCCUAAAGACCUAUUCAACCUGUAUGUUAGUAUCUACGAGGAUGCACAGAAAGGGAAAUUCAUCGAGCACCUUGGAAAUCUUACGUUCACUGACAGUUUCCUGGGCAGUAAAGAUCACGGCGGCGUCCUGUUCUUCACUCCAACCUUUCAGCCACUGGAUGGUCUUGCUCUGCCGCCGGUCUCGUUCCUCUGCGGUGUUUUGAUCCAGAAACUAGAGGUUCCCUGGGCUAAAGUGUUUCCCCUCCGACUGCUGCUCGCUCUGGGGGCACAAUACAGCGUGUAUCCCUGGCCUUUGGUGAGCGUGCGUUUCCGUGACUCAGUUUUCAAAGAGACGGGCCACACCAUCAUGAAUCUGCUCACAGAUCUGAGGAACUACCAGUACAGUUUGCCGGUGGUGGAAAGUCUGCGAGUGCACAUGGAGUUGGGCAACAUCUACAUCGACAUUCCCAAGUCCAGGUUUAAUGAGAUGCUGAAGGUGGUGAACUCCUCUAAUGAACACGUGAUCAGUUUCGGCGCCUGUUUCAGCACCGAGGCCGAUUCUCACCUGGUUUGCGUGCAGAACGUGGACGGAAGCUACCAGACACAAGCCAACAGUAAACCAGGAAAAACCAGGAGAGUGACUGGAGCUAGUUUUGUGGUUUUUAACGGUGCUCUGAAAGCCUCGUCAGGAUUCAUAGCCAAAUCCAGCAUCGUGGAGGACGGGUUAAUGGUGCAAAUCCCUCCGGAGACCAUGGAAGGUUUGCGACAGGCCCUCAGGGACCAAACCGACUUUCAGAUCCCGUGUGGAAAAGCAGAUUCGGAUGAGACACGGGAAAAUGUGAAUGUACGCUGGGUGGACUGGACAGCACCGGUCAACACUGGAGUCAUCAGUCCGGUGGAUGGCCGGUCUCUAGAGGGAGUGUCGAGCGUCAAGAUUCAACAGGACUCAGAGUUUGAGAUGGACGGCCAGACCAUCAGGUGUACUGAGGUCUUCUAUCUGCUGAAGUCUUCAGACGUCUCUCUGUCUGCCGUCUUCACGUCAUCGGCUCAGUUUCAGAGAGAGAUCGCCACGGCCAGCUGCGCUGCUCUCUGUCCUCACCUCUCUGUGCUCAUGGCCAAUGGAUUCAACUCUCUCGCCCUCCGGGUCUCCACCGACUCAGACAUGGUUGAGUACCAGGCUGGCUCCGGUGGCCACCUCCUGCCUCAGAAGUAUAUGAAUGAUCUGGGGGCUCUCAUUCCUGUCAUCCACGAGGGCUCCUGCGUCCCACAUCAGGCCAUGGACAUGGAGUUUUUCUUCUACAUCUCUCUGAGCAUUGGAAAGCUUACAAACUUUGCAGUCAUUGGGAUCUUCACGAUUGGUGCCAAUGAAUCACAGACUUAUCUGACAAGGUAUGGAGAGUUUGAUGCAUUUUCAAGGAACUUCACUGAAGUGGAACUAUAUUAGCGACCCUUUAGAAUAAAGCAGAGGUCAGCAACAUAAAUAAAAACCUUGCUGUGCUUCUU